AUGGGUGGUGUUACCGUUCGAGAUGUUGAUGCGCAAAAGUUCAUCAAUGCGUACGCCGAAUUCUUGAAGAAGCAGGGAAAGCUUGCGAUUCCAGGUUGGGUCGAUACCGUCAAGACCUCUCACUCCAACGAGCUCCCACCUCAAUCCGCCGACUGGUUCUAUGUCCGAGCUGCCGCUGUUGCCCGACACAUCUACCUCCGAAAGUCCGUUGGUGUAGGCCGUCUGCGAAAAGUUCACGGUAGCACAAAGAACCGUGGCUCAAGGCCCUCCCACCAUGUCCACGCGUCCGGCUCAGUUGACCGAAAGGUUGUGCAAGCCCUCGAGCUGCUGGGGAUCGUGGAGAAGGUUGAUGAGGAUGAAGAGGCUGGGAGCGGAAAGGGUGGCCGAAGAAUCACCCAGGCUGGAGCCCGAGAUCUGGAUCGAAUUGCCCUGAACGCAGUGGAGGGUGAGGAAGAUGACGAGUAG